UGGUGCUUUGGAGUUAAUCCCAAAAUGCUCCUUGUGGUGCCCUGAGCAACCAGCAGGGGAGGCAUAGCAACUCAGCAGGUAGUACUGUGGACUCACCUCCAGGGCUCUGUAUUCAAUUCCUGCCCCAAGCUGUGUGCCUUUGGAGUCCACAUGUUCUCUUCGUGUGGGUUUCCUCCCACAGACCAAAGACUCGACGGUGCAAGUUAAACUAACUGUUACAUUUUUUCUGAAUGGGGGGUGGAGUCCUGAUUUUGACCCUAUUGGCUGUUACGUAGGAUAGCUAACGCAUUAAUCUAUAAAUUUACCCUGAUGUGUGAAUAUGUGCCCUCUGAUGGACUGGCAUAGUCUUCAUUGUGUCCCUGCCUUGUGCUUCCUGGGACAGGCUCUGUGGAAGAAGGUUUUGGGAUACCUGGCUGAUAAGGUGUAUUUUGUUCGGAUUGUCACUUGGACACCCAAGGGAGGAGGGAUGUUUUAGAUAUAAUCUUAUUGGAAAUUGAGGGAAUCAUCAUGGGCCAAUAGAUAAGGAUGUUUAUUCAACACAUGCUCUCUUUGAAAUCAGUCUCUUCCAUGAACAUUGUAGUAGCUUUGCCUUAGCAUUGUGAUUGCACCACAGUGCUUGUCUGCAAAACUACUCCACUGCACCUCGAUGCCUGUCCGUGCAGAACUACUUCACUGAACCUCAAUGCCUGUCCGUGAAAAACUACUCCACUGAACCUCACAUGUGACCUUCAUAUCUCUGACACUAGUACUAGAAGCAAGUACAUAACUUCGGGUUGAUCAUUGGAGGAGAUGAGAUCUCCAUCCAAUCAAAGGCGUCCAGGGGGUUGUAUUGGCUGGUUUUGAUUAUUGGGUGCGUUACAAUCCCCCCAUGACUUACGUCCAUGACCGUAAUUAUUAUUUCGGCACUUCCACUAUUUUUUUAUAGUGUUCGUUAUUUUCAAUACUUGUCAUACAUGUCAUAGGCAUCAAUAUGCAACAGGAUUGUACAGAACACAAUUUCCACCAUCCUGGACGUGUAGCCAUGUUUACGUUUUACACGAUUUUAAAAGACGUGAUGCAAAGUCUAAUUCACCUUUAAAUUACGUCAAAAAGCUAGUCCAAAACAACACGAAUCACGUAGAGGUCCAUCCGAUACUGCCAACGCGGUUUCGGGUGUCUCCGAAACACAACUCUGUAAGACUUACAGACACACUAGCUAAAAAGCAAAAUUCUUGUGUGAAAUAAAUUUAGCCCCGAUAUUCAAGUCAAUUUGAAGGUAACACGGAUCUAAGUUUAGGUCGGUAAGAUUUUUUGUAACGGGAAGUCUAAGAUCCGACAUCCGGGAAAAAUUACGUGCAACAUGAUUUCACAGUACUGAAACGAAACCUAAACAUCCGGAACACAAACCACUUAAGUGACUUGUAUGCUUUUGGUAACUGAAGGUGUGUCUCAGUCAGACCCAGGCUCAGUUUAUCGAAGCCACCUUAACGCUCCGUCGUUCGCAAGUUUUUUUAUCUUGUAACACAGAACUUACGAACGACGUUCGAAGAUGUCCGAAGCGGUAAAAAAAAAAAGCUAAAGGCCACGCCCCUGCGGAUCAACUCAGGCGGAAGAUCGUCAACGAAGUAAAACUAAGGCGGGAAGUUUUUGGAAACGAGACGGUUUAUUGUAUUUUUAGCAACAAUGGCCUUAUCAAUCUUAACUGAUCAAGACCAGUUCAAAUGCCUGAUCUGUCUGCAUUUACUGGAAGACCCAGUGACAAUCCCUUGCAGACACAGUUUCUGUAUGGACUGCAUUAAGCGCGUAUGGGAUUGGAAUGAUGUUACUGGCAUCUACAACUGUCCCUGUUGUUCGAAGAACUUCAGCCCUCAGCCAAAUCUGACCAUAGAUGUCAUUCUGAAUAAGAAGGUGGAGGAGAUAAGAAGGUCCCGAACUAGAGAGACACUGUUGAGCAGUUCUGCUGGGAAGAAACGGAAGGCCCCGGACUCCCCAGCCCUGGCGAGGUCGGUGCACGUGUUUGGGAUACAGAAAGACAUGGUCUGUGCUUUACACCAUAGACCGCUGGAUGUUUACUGUCGUACGGACCAAAGGAGCAUCUGCUCUCAGUGUGUGACGGAGCUGCACCAGCCACAUGAGACAGUCUCUGUGGUCACUGAGAGGAAGAUGAGACAGGAACAGCUGGCGAUGGAGAGAAACAGGUUCCAGAAGAAGCUCCAGGAGAGGGAGAGAAAGCUGCUGGAGACCAGGAUGACUUUGGAGUCCUUCAGGGUCUCUGCAUGGGAAGCAGAAGAGAACGCUAAGAGUAUCUCUGCUGAGCUGAUCCAGACAAUUGAGGGAAGGUGCUCUGAGGUGAUCGAGGAGAUCAAAAAUCAGGAGAAGGCUGCAGUGGAUGAAGCCAAAACGCUGCUUCAGCGAAUGGAGCAGGAGAUUGCUGAGAUGAGGAAAAGGGACUCUGAGCUGGAGCAGAUUUCACGCACAAAGAAUCCUGUCCGUAUCUUACAGCAGAGGUGGCCUUUACCGAGCCUCCCAGCAGAACCUGACGAUCCCCCAAACCUGGUUGUAGACCUGCAGCUUCCCCUUGAGAUGAUGAAGGCAGCUCUGUCCGACCUGAAGCGGCAGAUAGGGGAUAUGUGUGAUGCAGAGGUGAUGAGAAUCUCAAACACAGCAAAUGAUCCCAGUUCUACUCAUGGGUCCAGUGCUGCUCCAGAGCGACCGUCUAUUCCAGAACAGUCUGAUCCAGAACAGUCUGAUCGAGAACCGAGCUCCAGACCAGAAUUCUUAAAAUAUGCCUGCCACCUGACUUUUGACCCAAAUACGGCCAACCAUGAGCUAACCCUGUCUGCAGACGGGCAGGAGGUCACACGGGGGGACAAAGAGUACUAUGCUAUCUUCCCAGAGAAGUUCGUCUCUAAGAGCCAGGUCCUGUGCCGGGAGGUCCUGUCCGGUGGCCGUUUUUACUGGGAAGCUGAACUGGAGGGGACCAAGGCAGAGGUGGCGGUCACGUACAGAGGCAUUAGCAGAAAGGGGACCACAUCCCGUGCUUCCUUCGGGGCCAACGAUCAGUCCUGGAGCUUAGACUGCAUCAACGGGGUUUACUCUGCCUGCUACAAUAUGAAGCGCAUUGAUAUCAGGGUACCUUACAGCCCCCGGGUGGGAGUGUACCUGGAUCACAAGGCCGGGACUCUGUCCUUCUACAGCGUUUCCGACACCAUGACUCUGCUCCAUAGGUACCAAACCACCUUCCAUGAGCCCAUGUGUGCUGGGUUUUGGGUUGGUUCUGGAGUAACCAUUAAACUCUGCCAUCUGCAACAGUAGGGAAUUUGCACAUUUGUGAAGCAGAAAAAGAGAGAAUGAUGCAUACACACAAAAGGUUGUGUAGAAUGUAUCACAUGUAUAAAUUCUGCCUUCUUCUUGCUUUCAGAAUUAAACUGCCAUUGUGCAAAUUGAUGGAAA